GUUUGGUCCUCUUUAGUUCUCAUUUACGCUUCGGUUAUAUUCUUAUUCAUUUGUAUUAUAAUCACUCCGCUAGCAAUUGAAGCAAUUAUUUCCAUUCAAUUCCGAAUCCUCUAUCAUUACUGUGUUUAGCUCCAACCUCAUUGCGCAAUGUUCCGCCCUCAAAGACUCCCAAUUCGGCUGAACCUGCGCGCAGUACGAUGGAACUCAACUGGUAGCCCAUCCACGCCGCCUUUGAUGGCUAAGAUCAGAUCCGACCUUAAGGUUGCUAUGCGCGCCAAAGACACAGCGAGGUUGAACGUUCUGCGCGCUAUAAUUUCCGAAACGAACAAUUCAUUGAAAACCUCGUCUCCAAUCCAAACAGACUUGCAACUUUUGUCAUUAAUCCGGAAGCGUAUGACGGGCGCAAAAGACGCUGCGCAACAAUUUGCAGAGGCCGACCGUCCCGAUCUCAAAGAAUCCGAGGAGAAGAACGUGGCGAUCUUAGAAGAGUAUGCGGACCAAGUAGAGACAAUGAGCCUGGAUGAUGUGAAACAGAUUGUGUUACAGGAGAUUUCAAAGUUGAAGGAGGCAGGCCAAAAGGCCGAGGUCGGAACACUGCUCAAAUCACUUUUUGCUCCCGGGGGCGCUUUGGACGGUAAGCCAGCGGAGAGAGCGGAAGUCGCUAAGAUUGCCAAAGAGGCUGUUGCUACCGCUUAGGAAAGAUGAAAUGAGGGAAAAAAAAAGAAGAAGAAAAGAUGUGUAUAUUAGCUACUGUAUAAUGGUAA